CCUGAUGUUUUUGAAAAUUUAAAACAUCUUCGCUACUUAAAUUUUUCCAACACCCAUAUCAAAUGCUUACCUGAUUCUUUGUGCACUCUUUACCAUUUGGAAACUUUUUAUUAAAUAGGUGUUCCAAGCUUCAAAGGUUACCCUCAAAGAUGGAAAAUCUUGUCAGCUUGCAUUAUCUUGAUAUUAGAGGUGCGUACUCAAUAGAAAGGAUUCCUUUUAGGAUGGAUAAGCUACCAAUCUUCAAAGGUUAACUGAUGUUAUUAUAAGGGAAGGUGAUGGUUGUCAUAUUAGAGAUUUGAAAUAUUUUUCAAACCUCAAAGGUGAUGUCCGUCUUACUGGGUUGGAGAAUGUUAAUGGUGAAGAUGCAGGGGAAGCCAAGUUAAAUGAGAAGCAGGGGAUUGAUCGAUUGGUAUUGGAAUGGAGUUGGGACUUUAAGAAAGAUACAGGGAAAAAGGACGUUGAAGAAUGGGUGUUGGACUCUCUUCGUCCUUCAAAAAAGCUUGAGCAUCUCGUCAUUCAGAAUUUUGGUGGUACAAAAUUCUCUACUUGGAUUGCAGAUUCUUCCUUCAAAAAUAUGUUGUCAUUGGAGCUUCACAACUGUAAAAAUUGCAAAUCUCUACCAUCGAUUGGAAGGCUGUUGUUGUUAAAAGAUCUUUCAAUUAGUGGUUUGGAUCAAGUACACAAGAUUGGUGCUGAGUUGUUUGGAGAAAAUCAAUCAAAUGCUUUUGCAUCACUAGAGACUCUGUGUUUUGACAAAAUGCUGAAUUGGGAGGAGUGGGACCUAUGUGAAGAUGAUGAGCAAGUAUCGAAAUUUCCCAGCCUUUGUAAGCUUUCAAUUAAAAGAUGUCGUGUAUUGUUGGGAAGGUUGCCAACCAUCCUUCAAUCCUUGCAGAAACUUGAAAUCUACGAGUGUAAGAGACUGGUAGUUUCAAUUUCAAGUUUUCCCUUGCUGUGUGAAUUAAGCAUUGAAGGGUGUGAAGAAUUGGUGGAUGAAGGUUCUUUGUCUGUACAGAAGGUUUCCUCUUUGAAAUAUGUGUCCCUUUCAAAUAUUUCAAAGUUUAAUAUUUCAGCAGGGAGGAUAAUGUUGAGAUUUGCAAACUCUGAAACAUUCGAGAUCUGUAGUUUGAAGGAGCUGGGAUCUUUAUCACAAAUUGGGUUAAGCAUAGUUGGGCAUCGUUUCAUCAGGAUUAGGAAUUGUCCGCAAUUGGUCUCUUUGGAAACAGAGGAGGAGAUAUUGCAACUUGACAAGAUUCCAGGUGUUGAAUCUCUGGAAAUAGGUAAUUAUGAAAGGCUCAAUAGACUGCCAAAAGUCUUACAUGCUUUCCCAUUCAUUACGAGAAUUGCACUUGAAGAGUGUCCAGGCUUGGUUUGUUUUGCAGAGAGAAACUUUCCUCCUGCUUUAAAAGAGCUGGGGAUUGGGAAUUGCGUGAAUUUGCAAUAUUUGGCUGAUGAAAAAGAAAAUAAUAAUAAGAGUCUGAGUAGCAACACUUGUCUUCUUGAGCACUUAGAAAUAAUCCUCUGUCCAUCUCUAAUAUGGUUAUCAUCAAGGGGCGAUAUAUGGAAUCAAGUUCAACAUCUCAAGAUUAGAGGUUGCUCAAAGCUAAGUAGCUUAUUUUUAAAUGCCACGUUACCCGUAAUGCUUAAACAGCUUUUUGUUUGGUAUUGUCCGGUGUUGGAAUGCAUAGCCCAAGACUUCCUUGAAACCACUGAUCUCGAAAGCAUUCUAAUUAGGGGUGCUCACAAAAUUAAAUCAUUACCGCGGGGAUUAGACAAGCUCAGCCAUCCUCAGGAGAUUCAAUUAUUUGAGUGUCCAAAUCUGGUUCCAUUUGAAGAAAGUGGGUUGCCAACCACAAAUCUCAGAGUUUUCGUAAUUGAGAAUUGUGAAAAUUUUAGAGCCCUUCCCAAGUGCAUCAACAAUUUCACCUCCCUUCGAGAAUUAAAGGUGUGGGAGUGUUCGGCUGACAUAUCCUUUCCAGAAGAGGGUUUCCCUACCAACCUCACAUCACUUGAAAUCUCAAACGCACCCAAAAUUUAUACAUCACUUGUUGAAUGGGGAUUUAACAGGCUCACCUCUCUUCAAAAACUCCGAAUCAGUGGUGAAGGAUGCUCAAGUGUCAUGUCGUUUCCAGAAGAAAGGAUAGGAAUGACGCUGCCUCCUUCUCUCAGAGCUAUCUCCAUUGAAAAUUUUGAGAAUUUGGAAUUCAUGUGCUCCAAGGGCUUUCAACACUCCACCUGUCUUUAACUUUUGGGCAUCUAUGAUUGUCCUAAGCUCGCCUCUCUUCCAGAAAAAGAUAUGCUUCUCUCGCUUGAGAAGCUAGGUAUUUCCAAUUGCCCGUCGCUAGAAGAAGGGUGCAGUAGGGGUAAAGGACGAGAGUGGUCCAAGAUUUCCCACAUACCUUUAGUGAAUAUUGAUAGUAAAAGAGUCAUCCCGAUGGAAUUAGAUUGAAAUUUAAGCAGCAAAAUCUGGUAUCGAUUUCUCCACACUCAAACCACAGGCAUUGAAGGCUAAACCGGCGAAAAAUAGUGGGGAACUUCAACUCAUCUGCUUCA